AUGAAGUACCCAAAUACGCUCGACCUCAACACCUACCGGACGUACAUGUGCGCUCGACAUCUGAACCGUGAUAAAACACGCCAACUGGACGCUAUCAAUCUCGAUUGGGACCUGAACGUACCGGAACCGCUGAAAAUACUCUGCCUGCGGGCGAUUGCCGAGAACUGGAUGACGGUACCGUACUUUCCUGAGCUGCCGCUUGCCGAGGAUCGACAGUACCUACUGGAUCUGCUCGAUCUGAAUUUCCCGCUCGAGAACCUGUCCGCUCGAGUGCGGAGCGACGCAUUCUGGAAGCGGGCUUUCCAUCACCGAUGGCGCACAUUCGUGCCGAUUGAGGUCGGAACGAAGCCGUGGAUUAGGAUCUACCUCGAGCAGCAUCUGUCGGAGAUGAUCGAACAUCUGAAGCCCGCCGAUUACGAUCAGGAGGGUAUUAAGAAGAUCGUCGAUCUGUGUUCGCCCUUCGUGCGGGAGUUGCGGAUCGAGCGGUUACAACCGUCACUCUCGGACAACAGCGAUCAUAUUCCGCUGGACGUAGUCCUUGCCAAUCUGCGAGGACUGCAACGCGUCAGUCUGACGUACGACGUCAAGGACGUGGGGCACAACUUCUUCCUUGGGUGUGCCACUAUCACGGAAAUGGACGUGAAGCUGAUGACGCAGGGUCUGGAGCGGUGUGUCGAACUGACGGAGUUCCGCCUGCACAGCAGCAAGUUGGAGCCGACCAUGAUGAAGCGCAUUAGCAUCGCACUUGGGAAGGGAUGUCCGAACCUGCGGACGAUCGCAUUUCCACACUGCCGCUGUGGAGAUAUUGGGCUGCGUGCAUUCUGCGAACCGAUCAAGCCGAACUCGUUUCCCAACAUACAGGAGAUCGUCCUGACUAACAAUUUUUUGUCUCCAGAGAGUGUCCAGGAAUUAACAUGGCGUCUACGGCAUCGUCGCAUCGAACGACUGGAUCUGAGACUCAAUCCUAUUCUCACCGAGGGUGCGAUAUUCAUACUGACCAGCGUGUUCUAUAUGCCGCUCAAAGAACUCAAUCUCAGCUGCUGUUCGAUCGACGAGCAGAUUGAGGAAUAUCUGUUAAUGCUGAUUCGCUUCAACUACACGAUCAAACGAUUGGACAUUUCCUCGAAUCGCCUGUCGCCGGCUAUGGGGGAGCGGUUACUACAGCGUGUCCGUGAAAACAAAACUCUCCAGCAGUUUGAUUUGCGCAACACGGAUAUUUCGUACGACGUGCGAGCUAUCAUCGACGAGGUGAUAUUGGAGAACCGCGAUCCGCACAGCUUACACAGCUGGUAA